GCCGCCUUUGCCAUUGGCUCCGUAGGCUGCUCGUCUUCCCCGCCCAUGGCCCGCAGGCAGGUUCGCGGAAGGCAGUACAGUAGCCGUCUCGGCGACCAGCGGAGGAAGGCGCUGCUCUCUCCUGGAGCCCCCGGGGCGCCCGCAGCCUACCGAGAGCUCUCAAGCAGGCGGCGCUUCUGCGGCGGGACAGGCAUGCUGCUGCUGCUGCUACCGCGGCUGCUAGGCGGUGCCCCGGCGCAGCGUGGCGCGGCUGCUCCUUCUCUUCCCGGCAGAGGAUGCUGCCGUUGCUGAUAGCGCCGGUAGAAGCGGGCGGCUGACUUUCUUCCCCGACCCGCCCAGGCGGCGCUUGUCCCUCGUCGGCACUUGGUGGGGCGGCUGCCGCUGCAAUGGCUGAGAAAGUUUCGGCGGCCGCUGGAGAGGAGGCGCGGCAGAGAGGCGGCGGAGGUGGCCGGAGCGGCUCGGCGGCUUCAUCUUCUUCCAGCUCCUCGGGCUCCUCUUCCUCCUCGGGCUCGCAAACUCUCUCCGAGGAGGGAGACUCGGCUGCCGCUGCGCCAGCCGGUGGCGGCGGUUGCAGCUUCCCCCGGGAUGGCCCCCUUGGCCGCAGCACCCCCGAGCGGCAGGUGGCGGUGGUGGCUCCAGCAGCCCCCGCCACGGAUGCCCCAGCCACAACUGCUGUUGCGGGUUUUACUCUGCUCCGAAGGAAAGAGGAGGGCGGCCAGGUGGUGGGCGCAGAAGACCACGCGGGGCAAAAGCAGCCGCGCCGGCGGGAGAGUGAAGACGACGACGACGACGACGACGAGGAGGACUCGGCCAGCCCAGGUGGCGGCGGCGGUGGCCCCUUAAUUCGUCCUGAGAGCGACGCCUCGUUGGAGGAGCAGGAUGAGGAGCUUGAUAGCAUAUUAUCUCCUCCAUCUAUGCCUUUUCGGAAAUUCAGCAACCCUGAAGUUUCUUCUGGCCCUGGCAAGUCAUUUAAAUUUAAAAGGCAGUUGAGUGAAGAUGGAAGACCAUUUAGAAGAGGAAGCCUUGGAGGAGCUCUGACUGGUAGGUACUUGCUGCCAAAUGUGGUCACACAACAGUCAUGGCAAACUGGAGAAACUUCCAAUCUUGUCCGAAUGCGCAGUCAAGCUCUUGGGCAGUCAGCUCCUUCUCUAACAGCUAGUUUGGAAGGGACACCUCAGAAGAGCCAUUUCAGCUCAACUCGACAUCGCCAGAGGCUAGUGGAACCAGCAGCUACAAAAAAGGAGCUGAGCCUUCCAAGAAGAGGAAGUUUUCUCACCCCAAGAAGCCUGAGCCCAACCCCAACAAGCCCUUGCAGUCCAUGCAGUCCUCUGUUCGCUUUUCAUUUUUGGAGUUGUCGUACAAGUAAUCGGAAAAGUUUGAUAUGCAAUGGACAGUCUCCAGCUAUGCCUCGACCCCAUUCGCCACUUUCAGCUCAUGCAGGGAGCAGUCCUCAAGACAGCCCUAGAAAUUUCUCUCCUAGUGCCUCAGCUCACUUUUCUUUUGCACGAAGUCAUGGGCAUCGAAAUGAGAGGACUGAUGGACGACGGUGGUCUCUGGCAUCUCUCCCUUCUUCCGGCUAUGGUACAAACACUCCCAGCUCAACUGUUUCGUCAUCCUGUUCCUCCCAAGAGAAGUUACACCAGUUACCAUACCAACCAACACCAGAUGAACUACAUUUUUUGUCUAAACAUUUCUGUGCUACUGAAAGCAUUACUAGUGAUAAUAGAUGUAGGACCACUCAAAUGCGGCCACGAUCUAGAAGCCUCAGCCCUGGACGUUCUCCUGCCUGCUGUGACCAUGAAAUAAUUAUGAUGAACCAUGUGUACAAAGAAAGAUUCCCAAAGGCUACAGCUCAGAUGGAAGAGCGACUUCAGGAUAUUAUCACCAACCAUUCUCCUGACAACGUCCUUCCGUUGGCUGAUGGAGUGCUCAGUUUCACCCAUCAUCAGAUCAUUGAGCUGGCUCGUGAUUGCUUGGAUAAAUCUCACCAAGGUCUCAUCACCUCUCGAUACUUCUUUGAACUACAGCACAAAUUAGAUAAGCUCCUACAAGAGGCUCAAGAACGAUCAGAAAGUGGAGAACUGGCAUUUAUUAAACAGCUUGUUCGAAAGAUUCUUAUUGUCAUUGCUCGUCCUGCUCGCUUGCUUGAAUGCUUGGAAUUUGAUCCUGAAGAAUUUUACUAUCUUUUGGAAGCUGCAGAAGGACAUGCAAAAGAAGGGCACGUCAUUAAAACAGACAUCCCUAGAUAUAUCAUCAGCCAGCUGGGGUUAAAUAAAGAUCCUUUGGAAGAAAUAGCUCAGCUAGCUAACUAUGACAGUGGGACAGCAGCAACUCCAGAAACGGAUGAAUCUGUUAGUAGUUCUAACGCAUCUCUUAAACUUCAGAGGAAACCUCGCGAAAGUGAUUUUGAAACUAUUAAACUGAUUAGUAAUGGAGCAUAUGGGGCUGUAUAUUUGGUGCGGCAUAAAGAAACCAGACAGAGAUUUGCCAUGAAGAAAAUAAAUAAACAGAACCUCAUUCUUCGAAACCAGAUUCAGCAGGCUUUUGUUGAGCGUGAUAUCCUGACAUUUGCAGAAAAUCCAUUUGUAGUCAGCAUGUAUUGUUCCUUUGAAACCAGACGCCAUUUGUGCAUGGUCAUGGAAUAUGUAGAAGGUGGCGACUGUGCUACACUAAUGAAAAAUAUGGGCCCUCUGCCUGUAGAUAUGGCCAGGAUGUACUUUGCAGAGACUGUUCUGGCCCUGGAGUAUCUCCACAACUAUGGAAUAGUACACAGGGAUUUAAAACCAGACAAUUUAUUGGUAACAUCCAUGGGACAUAUAAAGUUAACAGAUUUUGGGCUAUCCAAAGUUGGCCUCAUGAGUAUGACCACCAAUCUUUAUGAGGGUCACAUUGAGAAAGAUGCCAGAGAAUUUCUGGAUAAACAGGUCUGUGGCACACCAGAAUAUAUAGCUCCAGAAGUUAUUCUAAGGCAGGGUUAUGGCAAACCAGUGGACUGGUGGUCUAUGGGAAUUAUCCUUUAUGAGUUUCUUGUUGGGUGUGUGCCAUUUUUCGGGGAUACACCGGAGGAGCUAUUUGGACAAGUAAUCAGUGAUGAAAUCAAUUGGCCUGAAAAGGAUGAAGCACCACCUCCAGACGCCCAGGAUCUGAUUGCUUUGCUUCUGAGACAAAAUCCCUUGGAGAGGAUGGGAACAGGUGGUGCAUAUGAGGUGAAACAGCAUCAGUUCUUCCAAAAUUUAGACUGGAAUAGUUUGCUGAGACAGAAAGCAGAAUUCAUUCCACAACUGGAAUCUGAAGAUGACACAAGCUACUUUGACACACGCUCUGAGAAAUACCACCAUAUGGAAACAGAAGAAGAAGAAGAUACAAAUGAUGAAGACUUUAAUUUAGAGAUAAGACAAUUUUCCUCAUGCUCCCAUAGAUUUUCAAAAGUUUUUAGUAGUAUAGAUCGAGUAACUCGAAAUCAAACUGAAGAGAAAGAAGAUACAACAGAGAGGACCAAAAAUGUGACACUAACAUCUGUGGAAUCUUUAAGUUGGAGUUCCGAAUAUUCUGAAAUGCAACAGCUAUCUACAUCUGUCUCCUCUGAUACUGAAAGUUCCAGGCAGCGUCGCAAUUCAGGGUUCCUUCCAAAACUGGCUGUAUCAGCUGAAGGAGAUCAAGAAGAAUCCCCACGUUCUGCUGGAUCCCGCAAAGAUCAAGAAAAGGCUAUGUUUGUUAAUGAGGAAACAAUUCAAGAUGAAGUGGAGGUAACAACUCCAGCAAGCACUAUCAGUAGCUCCACGCUAUCAGUUGGCAGCUUUUCAGAGCACUUGGAUCAGAUAAAUGGAAGAGGUGAGAGUGUAGACAGCACAGAUAAUUUCUCAAAGCCAUCCAGUGAACCAGCAUCUCAUAUGGCUCGUCAGCGACUAGAAACGACAGAGAGAAAGAAAAUCUCUGGAAAAGUCACAAAGUCCCUGUCGGCGAGUGCUCUGUCCCUCAUGAUCCCAGGAGAUAUAUUUGGUGUGUCUCCUUUGGGAAGUCCAAUGUCCCCCCAUUCCGUGUCUUCAGAUCCCUCAUCUUCCAGAGAUUCUUCUCCUAGCCGUGACUCCUCAACUGCUUCUGCAAGUCCUCACCAGCCUGUCAUAAUUCACACUUCAGGCAAGAAGUAUGGAUUCACUAUCCGAGCGAUCAGAGUGUAUGUGGGCGAUAGUGACAUCUACACAGUUCACCAUAUUGUUUGGAAUGUUGAAGAUGGAAGUCCAGCUUAUCAAGCUGGACUGAAGGCUGGAGAUUUGAUCACUCAUAUAAAUGGGGAGCCAGUGCAUGGCCUUGUUCACACUGAAGUCAUCGAAUUGUUGUUAAAGAGUGGUAAUAAAGUGUCAAUUACUACAACCCCCUUUGAGAAUACUUCAAUCAAAACAGGACCAGCCAGAAGAAAUAGUUAUAGGGGGCGAAUGGUCAGACGAAGUAAGAAAACAAAAAAGAAGGAGAGUUUAGAAAGGAGAAGAUCUCUCUUCAAAAAGCUGGCCAAGCAGCCCUCACCCCUUCUUCACACUAGUCGGAGUUUCUCCUGCCUGAACCGAUCACUCUCAUCAGGUGAAAGCUUGCCUGGUUCGCCAACUCACAGCUUAUCUCCCCGCUCACCAACACCAAGCCUCCGCUCCACCCCUGAUUUUCCUUCAGGUACAAACUCUUCUCAGAGUAGCUCUCCAAGCUCAAGCGCACCAAAUUCUCCAGCUGGUUCAGGACAUAUUCGACCCAGCACGCUCCAUGGUUUGGGCCCAAAGCUUGGAGGACAAAGAUACAGAUCAGGAAGACGCAAAUCAGCUGGCAGCAUUCCUCUCUCACCAUUGGCACGGACUCCUUCUCCAACACCUCAGCCAACAUCUCCUCAGCGAUCUCCCUCACCUUUACUCGGGCAUUCAGUUGGAAACACAAAAAUAGCUCAGGCUUUUCCAAAUAAAAUGCACUCCCCUCCAACAAUUGUCAGACACAUAGUUAGGCCGAAGAGUGCAGAACCACCAAGGUCUCCAUUGCUGAAGAGGGUUCAGUCUGAAGAGAAACUAGCCCCUUCUUAUGGCACUGACAAAAAGCACUUGUGCUCACGCAAACACAGCCUGGAGGUAACUCAGGAGGAAGUUAAUAGAGAGGUAUCUCAACGAGACAUAACUCUUCAGAGUCUGGAGGAGAAUGUCUUGGAUACCCCAUCGCUCACACGAGUGAGGCCUGCAGAACAAGGCUGUCUGAAACGUCCAAUUUCCAGGAAGCUGGGCAGGCAAGAAUCUAUUGAUGAGCUGGAUCGAGAAAAACUGAAAGUCAAGGUAGUUGUGAAGAAGCAAGGCUUGGCAGAGAAACAAGAACAUUUGCAGAAAGCAAGCAGUGUACAAGAACCUUGUGGUGAAUCAGAAAAUCCUGCUACUUUGUGCCUGGAGGAGAGAGAUGGCAAGAACACAUUUCAGAAAGCUUUGGAAAGAUCAAACCACUUUGAAACUAAAAUUGCAGCUCUGGAGACACAAUCAGUAGGUGGCAUACUAAAAGGCACCCUUCAAAAGAAUGUAAACAUGAGAUCAAAUGAUUGUGCUCCUUCAGAUGCUUACCCACCCUGUCAUGGGCCUCCGCUUAAUGAACACAGUCAUUUGUAUUAUGACUUCAAAAGAAUCCCUCCUCCAUGUACAUUGCAAAAUGUGCUGCCUCAUUCAUCUGACAAGAUGCUGAAUGGAAAAGGAGAAAAUGGAGAAAAUAAAGCUACACCAACAAAAGAAUUUGUCAAAUUAGAAAGAAUAGAUAGUAAGCUUGCAAAUAUUGAUUAUCUGCGGAAGAAAAUGUCCUUGGAAAAAAAAGACGACAGCUCCUGCCCGGUCCUUAAGUCCAAAUUGACAUCAGGUGUGCAUGAAUGUCAUCAGCUUGGUGCAGUCAGACCUAUAAACAUACAGCAGGAUUCCAGUUCAGUGGCUGAAAGCCGAUCAUUUAUCAGCACUCCUCAUGCUGCUCAGAUGAGCUCUGUUCCUUUUGCUCCCCUUAAAGUCCUGAAUGGCCGAGCAGAAACUGGCAUGGAGAAAUCAGCGCUGAUUUCCACAGAGUCCCCUGUCCGCAAGAGUCCCUCAGAGUAUAAGCUAGAAGGGAGAUCUGUGUCUUGCUUGAAACCAAUUGAAGGCACAUUAGAUAUUGCUUUACUGUCAGGGCCUCAGGCCUCAAAGACAGAGCUGUCUUCAUGUGUAUCCCCAGGAAGCCAAAAUGCCAAAAAUGAAGCUGGAUGUCCCCUAUCACUGGUAUGCCAAGCUGGCAGCAGUGUGAAGGUUGAGACAUCCUGUCAAAAAGAACAGCCACCAACCUUGCAACAAUCCAAGCCUUGCAGAUCUGAUCUACUGGAACUCCAGUGUUCAAAGCCAAAUAAAAGUACUCAGAACUCACCAGCAACAACUGUGGCGACUGAACAACAGUCAUUAAAAACAGUCUCUGGUCUUAGUGCUAAAUGUGAUCCCUCUGUAAGAGUGGCUAGCCAAAAGAAAGAGGUCAUCCAGUAUACUGCAAAUGAGGUGAAGUCUAGUGGUCUCCAAAGUCAGAGUUCUGUCUUGUCAAUGUGCAAAUCUGCUCCCACACAGGGUAUUCCGGAAAAAACUAAACGAAAAGAGAAGAACCCUCCAAAAGACGUGCCUGGCAGCCACACUAGAGCUCAAAGGAAUGAUGGUGUGCUUCCAGAGAAGCCUGAAGUAGUUGAGGAUUCAUCAAACGGGAAAUCUAUUACAGAAGGGCCCCCCAAUCAAGACCCUAAGCGCACCCAGAGGUGUUUAUUUGAUUCAGCUACCCAGCUACAAACACGUGGGACAGCAAAAGUGCAGGUAACCAGCUCAAAGACAAAGCCCAAAGAUGUGCCGAAACAAUCUGCAAAAGAGGAUGGCCAUGCCACUAGAGAAUAUUCAGGAAAUGAGUUGGGCAUGCAGAAGGUGUCACUUCUCCAGAAGUCUUUACAGACAUCAUCAGAUGCAAAUUCUGCUAAGCUAGAAAAAAGUCCAGUUGGUAUAGCAAUGCAAAAGGACAGUCCUCGAGAGUUGGGGGCAAAAGAGCAGAAACAGUCCAAAAACGCACAGGCUCCAACUGGCGAGAGAGGAGCUGGCCUUGCUUCUAGGCAGCAGAGUAGUAAUUCUGAUGUUCCUGCUGUAAAGGAAUCUGCCAACCGGCAGGCUGUAGCUGAUGCUCCCAUGUGUCACAGCAACCAAGAUAAUCUCAGACCUACAUCGUGUUUGGAAAAUAGCUCUGUUAAAUCUAAGCAAGCCUCUGACACCUGUUCCUCUAAAUCAAAAUAUUCUGACAAAUUGACAUUGACACAAAAACAAAUAGCCACAAAUUCAAAAGACAAAGAAACUGGUAUCCAGGUUUUGGUUGGCUCACGGAAGGAGGGGAAAAAUAUCAAUAAGACUGCAGUGGAUUCUUUUUCAUACCCUGCAAGCUCUCAAAGAAAGCUAAAUAAUGAGCAAAUUUUUGUAGAAAGGCAUUUGGUCAUAGAAUGUGGGUCAGAGCCCCCGGUCCAAAUCAAUAGCACUGUGCCUGAAAAGCAGCUUAAAUCCUCUAGUCAAAGCCAGGCAGCAGCAAUAGCCCCAGAAGCCUUUACGCAUGUUCAAAGGCAAGAGAUGGCCAGCUUAAGCGACCCGGUUGAUCAAAAACUGCUCCAAAUACGCAGCAAGCAAAGCCUUCCUCCAAAGGUAUCGACUGUGAAAGAAGGUCCACCGCUGAACAAACAGGUGGACAAGGGUGCAAAUAAUCAAAGCACCUCUGCAGAGAGACAGCCUGAAGGGAAAAAAUGCACUGAUGCACUUUAUCUUCAAAAUGACCCUGGGAAACCAGACCCUAGCCUUUCCCUCACUAGCUGUGAUGCCAGAGGGAAAGCUGUGGAAAAGGCAGCUCUGAGUAGCAAGAGCUCUCAGGACCCUAAAGGGAAAGGACACAUGAAUCCAAAACAGCCAGCAGAGGGAAGCAAACAGCAUGCAGCAAAACAUUCCUCCUCCUCGGCUGCUUUGCAGAGUUCAGGCCGCGCAGCUGCAGCUACCACAAAGCAGCUUGACUGCCCCUCCAAUUUCCCUGAAUGUAGACAGGAAGCUUCUAUUUUGCCUUCAGCAAAAGCUAAGCUGGGGUCACCAGAACCACUUGCUGCGAGCGGAAGGGAAGUGAAAAAGCCAACCAGCUCUUCCACAACAGAUGGCAGGGCAGAAAUAGUCCCAAGUGCUUCACUCUUGGCCUUGCACUGUCCUGCUUCCUUCAUGGAAGAGCAUGUUCCUGCCUCAGGCUUAGCGGGGAAAGCCAGGAGCCAAGAGAGGCCUCACUCGGCUAACACUGUGGACAUAAAGGGGAAAGACCCCAUUCUGCCUCACUCAGCUGCGGCAAGAAAACAGAAUGUAGGUAAAGAUUUGCCAAAGUCAGGGACUCCAGCUGACUCUCUGAAUGCACUUUCAUGUGACAAGGACUCUGCCCGGCAGAGGCGAGGAAAGGACACCUCACGAAACAGUCCUCACAAGAAUUACUCAUAAUAGGAACACUUGCAGGUAGGACUUCCUAGCUACAGAAACCUAGUAUCUUGUCUUACCUUCAGAAAUCAGCACUGUGUCGUAUUUUCUUGCAGAAAAACUGUCAACGCCACUUAAGCAGGGUGUGUAAAGAAAGGACACCUCCUCCCACCCCCCCUCAAAAUGCCUUCCCAAAUGUAACCGGUUAAACUGUUACCAUAUUGUAUUUGUACAAAAAUGCUUUUACAAUUUGAGAGAUGUGUUGUUGGGUUGGGGUGGGGGGACAGAUUCUCUGUAAAUACUUAGUAGCGUGUGUCGUUUUGAAUGUAGCGUAUCCACUUUGCUGCUGAUUGCAUUGUUUACUUUCUGUUUUCAUCGGCAGUUGCACUGCUGCUGGUUUGCCAUAAUCUAAAAAGAAGCAGAAUUCCUAAAACUUAGGCCUAGGCUGGACUCACAAAUGUACUGGUCUGAAGGGAAGACAGAAGUGCCCCAUUGGUUUGAAAUUCUAUAUGUAAUUUUAAGAAAUUAUAAAACUAGUGGCUUUCUGUGAAUUUCUGUGUAUCUUUUAAGAGCUAGAGGUUGGUGGUACUGUAGGAAGUUAGCUGCACCCCCAAACAGACCAAACUGCAGCUCCUUAAUGCACAAUGUUUGUAUCUUGGCUAGGAUAUGCCUGAUGACAGAUAAAGGGAAGGGUCUCCAUUAUCAUUCUAAUACCAUUCAGUUCAACUAUAGGUUUCUGGUAAGGUGGAUCCUCUCCCUGUGCUGCUCUCCCUUGCUCUCCUUCAUUUCAUCGUAGGCUGAGACCUCAGAAUCUUUGUGAGCUUCGGUUCUGCUCCCGUGAUUCAGAUCGUAUUUAUUUACAUUCAGGCCUUUAGUGGUUCAAUGUUCUUUUCUAUAUUAUGACAAAAAUGGGGGGGGGAAGGCAUCGCAUUUUUCACCCUCAUAUCUCCAUAAAAUAUCAAACGUAAUAUUUUAACACCUAGUUGGGGCCUUAUGUUGUAGAUUAAACUUGCUGUUUUUAGCAAGUCAACUUAGGUUUCACUUCUUUUUGAAAUAUAUUAAGUAGCUCUUUACAUUUCAUAUUGUGAUCUUUAUUUGUAUGCAAAAAAAACCUAUAUGUAAUUUUUUUAAUGAAAAGGCGUUUUUCUUUUUUUUUUUAAAAAGCAAAAAAAAGGGACCUGUUGGAGCUAUUUGGUGCUAGAAUGUGAGUGUCCUUUUACUUUUGCUAAGCCUUAUUUGAAUGUUGUAUAAUGUGGACUAUGUUAAAUUUGUCUGGAGCAAAGGUUUGGUUGGAAACUUGGACACAAACUCCAGAAAGGUUAGCACAGAUAAGAAUGCUUAAGGGACUGGGAUCCAGAAAGCUACUUGUGAAGCUCCCCCCCCCACCCUGCACCCCACUUCUGUAUUUACUCACAAAAGCUCAUUUAAUACUGACCCUCCUCCAGGGCAUCCCCCGCCCCGCGUUUCCUUAACUGUAUUCAUCCAAGCGUAUCACAAUUAUGAAUUGGCUGCUUGUAAGACACUAACCGGUGUGCUAAAUGCAUUUCCUUGGGAGAAAGAGACUAAUCCAGUUGGGAUUUCAUUCAUUUUUAGGAAUCUUGGCUAAGAAAAUAAGAUUACCAGUAAGUUCCUUUAAUUUCCCAUGCAGUACAAGUACAUUCAUUGCUCAGGAAUGAUUAAAAACAACUGGAGGAAGAAAAUCAUUUUGAAGAGUGUGAGCCUAGCUUUACAGUCAGUAUCUGUGCUUUGAGGGUUGAAAUAAUCGAACACGAAUGCACUCCGUAAUCAUGACAUUUCUAUCUGGGAGGUAUUUCAUAGUUUACAGCCACUUGCAUUUUUAAACCUUCCACUUGUUUCCUUUAAAGCACAUUUAGCUAUCUUGUUUACAGAUAUAUCUUUUUAUGUAUAUUUUGUAUAGUGCUUUAUAUAAAGCACUUUAUAUUUGGCACUUUUGCCAAAUAUUUCCCCCCAUUUUGGGAGUGUAAUAGGCCUAAGCUUGUAUACAUGUAGUCUCUGUAUGUUUGAUGUUUACCUUUCAGUGAAUGGUUAGAGAUUCUCCUAAAUGUGUACUUUUGUCAGUCUUGGUGUGAUUGUGUAUUAAGACGUUCCCUUUGUAGUACUUCCUCUUGUAGAUUAUCAGAUAUUUAAAAAAAAAAGUUUGUUAGGAUCUGUGCAAUAAAGUGUUUGCAGUCUUAUUUUCUUUAAGAAAUCCCCAUGGAUGUCAUUACCAUUGGAUAUUGAAUAAAAAUAUUUAUACUUAUGCAGUUGCAGAACAUUGAAAUAAAACUGAGCAUGAACGGGAA